AUGGAUAAACCAGCUAAUUCAUCAAAUAGCACGAAAAGGAAACCUUCAAAGAAAACUAAAGCAUCUGUUCUUGCAAAAGAAUCUGAAGAGGAUGCAUUGAGUUCUGCACAUUCGCUGAAAACCCUGCAGAAUGCCUUUCAAGCGUUUGGUGCUCAAGAUACGGACGAAAUCAAGAAGUCAAUGGAGUGUUUGUUAUACUCAGAUUACUUAGAAGAAUAUGUAAAUCGGUUUGCGAAGAUAUGUGAAGACCGUGUGCUAGAAAAAAUGCAAAACAGUCCCGAGUUUGUGCAGUGUGCAUCGUGGAGUGAAAUUCUCAGUUCACUCGGCUUUCGGGAGACGUGCAACAACGAACUUCCCUUGGCACUGAUGACGAUCGCCCAUACGGAGAAGUUUCCCAAUCCGGAAAACGCGAAUGGAGUUGACUUUCAUUUACUCUAUCUGAAUUUGGCCAGCAUGAUGAUGGGUCAACCGAUCCGUACAAUGAACGCAAGCACGCAAAAGGUGUUGAAGGAUGUAUACGAGCAAACUGUGCUCCAAGCUUCUCAAGCCGAUCAAAAGGAAGAAAUUGCUAUACUACACGAAACGUUGAAAACAAUGCGGCGUCCGGUUAUGUCGGACGAGAAUACCAGACGAAUGAGAAAUAUCUCAACUUUCUUCAGCGAUCCCAACAUAAACCCGUUCCGCUUACCAACGGAUCAGAUACAUUCGUGCCGCCCAUAAACGGUCCAUUUACCUAAAGUAUAAAAUUAUUUAAUGCCACAGUAUCUUUCAUUGAAUAAACGCCGCUGCUGUUGAAAUAAUCACGCUUUGGUUGUUUAUUAUUUUUAUCUUUGGAUCAGGGUUAUUACAAAUCUCGA